UUCACUCGGUACGGUUCGAAGCGGGGGAAAACAGCUGGAAAAGUUGGUUGGAUUUUCUUCAGAGAGAAAGAAGUGAGAACGCGCGGGAAAUCGUCGGUGUUAAGGUGAUACUGAUUUAAGGAGGCUGCUGUUGUCGUUGAAUUUGAGUUUCGAUAGUGACCCGGCCCGAGGGGAUUGGAUUCAUACAAAUUUGGAAUGCUGAUGAGUGCAUCCGGAUUAGUGAUAUAAUAACAGUGUAUGUAGCGUUGUAAUAAUUCUUCAGUUGUAAUCCAAUUAAGUGUGAAAUUUUCCACGGCGAUUGCCUGCAAGAAGCAAAUAAGUGUUGAUAUAAUACGAGCAGGAAAUACACGCAACCAUAACAAGGCAAAGAGCAGUUUUCGUGUGGCGUGCAAACAACCAAAGAAAAAAACGAGUGUUCUAAUGAAAUAAUUCAAUAGUGUUUUCCCGAAUAAAGGUGUUACGCUUCAGCCACGGCGGAUUAUCCAUGGCCAACUUGAGGAUUACCAUGACCCGGAUGCAUUUUGGAUUAAAUUUCAUCAUACUGAUUAUCGUAUCCUCCAUCUAUGGCAACCACACGCUGGACAGUGGGAAAGCGAACAAAAGUAACAGCAAUGGCAGUGCGGGUCCAUCGUCCAGUGCUCCGGCGGCGAACCACCAACCGCCGGCAGCUAUCUCACUCAUCCCAGACGAGGAGAUAGCGCACUUUGUGAACCAAUCCCGCAUAACGACUUGCAAGUUCUCCCAUCCGGACGUUAGACUUCAGUGGCGCAGCCCAAGGAACACCAUCGUCAGCGACACCAAAGGUCGGGUUCACAUCGAAGAGAUCGGCGGAGCGCUGCUGCUCGUCUUCGAGUCCAUCGUCCGGAGCGACCAGGGCAGCUGGACCUGCGAGGCGGACACCGGUGGAAGCUCGAUGAAAAAAUCCUUCAAAAUGAUAGUUAAUGAGCCAAUCUCGUUCCGGGACACCAGCACUGUCCAAACGGCGACCGAAGAUAAGGACGCCACCAUCCGCUGCGAGGUGAGAGGCCAUCCGGAGCCAUCGGUCUCGUGGUACUUCAACGGGCAGCCUUUGUUCCCCCCGAACACCAAAUACACAGCCCUAGCCGACGGGCUGCUCGUCAAAAAGGUAUCGAAGAACGACAGUGGCGAGUACACGUGCAAGGCGUUUCAGGUUUCCUCUUCCGGCAGCAGCUUCGAGGAGAAAACUAUCCGGCUCAACAUCAAACACAGACCCUACUUCCAGGUGGCCCGAGGAGCAUAUUUCUGGGGCAACGUCACCUACGGCUACGUGGGCGGUGCGGUUAAUUUAACGUGCGAUGCCGUGGCCCAACCGCCGGCCACUUUCACCUGGUCGUCCAACAAUAAAAAGUUUUCCCAUAAAAAUCACAUCAUCUACAGCGGACCGCACGUUUCCAUGCUGCAGAUAGUGAUAAAAAACAGCACCGCUUUCGGCAAGUACAAAUGCGAGGCGAAAAACGAGCUCGGUACGAUAUCCCGAGAAAUUCAGCUCCGCGAAGGAACAAAGCCGGAUCCGCCCAGCAGGUUCCAACUGCGAGGAGUGAAUUCCGACACGCUGGACAUCGAUGUUGGCGCCACAAAGUCGCACGACGUCGAUCCGGACCAUUCGACCAUCAUUGGCUACCGUUUCGAGAUGAUUCCAACGGAGGAGUUCGCCAAGCAUCGCAACUGGGACCGAGCUCAUCGACGUGACUUCGACGUCGAGGACGGAGUCACGUACUUGCUGGUGAACCUCAUUCCGGAUACCCGGUACCUCAUCCGGGUGGCAGCACGUAACGCCGCCGGUCUUAGCGAUUGGACCGAGGUGAAAGAAUUCACCACCCACCCGUUGCAGCCCCAUGGGUUCAAUUCCGGUGCUGCUGGACCGGAUACCGGCACUUUGCUGCUGCUGCGCCUGCUGACCGCCCUGGGCUCCAUACUGCUCUCGACGGUGGUGAAAUUAAAAUUUUAACCAUGGACGCUCGGAUAGAAUCCAGCUGGAGCUAAUAAAAAAGUAGAAUUUCAAUCAAAAGACUUUGAGGAAAAUCGCACGGAAGGGAGGAAAUUGACGUCACGUACAUUCACACAUACACCGCCACACACACGUACAUUCGAACGCCCCCAGCUACACUAACAUACCUAACUAUGUAGGGGUACCUACUACUGAACGCUAGAACAAUUUUCCUUUCGCCAGCCAGCCACAGACUGCGCAUCGGAAUUCCGCGCUGAUAGAACAGUGACCAGCGAAUGCAGUGCAGUGGUCAGUGCUGUCCCGAGCAGGGAUUGGUAACAGAAUGGUGGCGAAAACAAACGCUGUUCUGUUCAAGUCAACUGAAUUUCAUUUUGU